AUGACAGAAGAAACAAUCACAUCAGAUGAUAGUUUCAUUAGCAUUAGUGAGAGCUUGAUAUCUGAGAGCACUAUAAUUGAUGAUAGUAAUAAAGAUUGCGAAAUUGAAAUACAUUCAUUUAUCUGGGAUAAAAUAGGCUUUGAAAAAGUAUAUGCAAUAGUCAACGUGAAUGAAAAUGAAGAAUUUUCCUGGGAGGAUAUAGAGAUAGAAGAUAAAAAUAUGGAUUCAGUAUCAAUAUUUGAGCAGAAAUCAGAGUUAACAGAAGAAGAUGCAUAUUUGAUUGAAGAUGUUACUGUCAAGAUUUAG